AUGUUCUACAAACUGUUUCUGGACGAUGAUGUGGUUCGGCACCUCGAGGAGUAUGACGCGCUCGCUAUCUUAGAGUGGGAUGUUGUCGUGGCUCACUCUUCGAGCUUUACAAGGCUGUACAAUGCGGCGUUCUCCUCAGCUGAGAGAUUUUGGGUGAAGGGGAGCACGCUGACUGGAACUGAGUUUCAUGAAACGGCAGCAUUGACGGACAUGUGA